GACUUAAGAAUAUUGAAUAAUAUGUCAUUAAAAAUAACUCGGCGCCAAUUUUGCUUACAUGGUGUUUUUAACGUUUAGCUUUAGAUAUUUUAGUUUUCAUUUCGUUUGGUAUUUCUAUUAAACGGUCUAAUAGUCUGUUUAAAUUUAUAUAAAUGUAUUCGUGGUUCAAGAUACAGACUAAAUUGCAUAGUUUUGUUUAAAAUUAUGAAAGAAUAGUAAUGUCUGAUUUGUUGGAUGCAGUGGCUGUUGCUACGGAUAUUAAGCAUGCAAUAUGUUCUUCUAACGCUGUUAUCAAUAACAAACAUAAGCGUAUUUUAAAAUCUAAGGAAAACAUUUUUAAACCAAAGUGCAAUAAAGAAUUAAAGAAGAAAUUAAAAAAAUACAAAUUACGACGUGAUGGCAAUGAAGACCAAGAUGUUUUAGAUGUUUCACAAAUUUUAGUGACAUCAUUAACAAUCAAGUCUCCAAAAAAUCAAGAUAAAAAAAACUAUAAAGUUGAUUGUGAGCAUCUAAAACCGAAUAACUAUCUUUUCAAAAUGGUGAGGAGAAAAAAGACUAGUACACAAAUUGACACUAAUAACAGUAAAGUAAAUACUCCACAAAAUGUUAAUAAUACUUGUACAGUUUUAUCUGAUGAGGAUUCUCAGAACAGUAAGCAAAUGGAUGCAUUUAAAUUGAUGAUGGAUUCUAGGAAUAAAAGUAUUGGUAGUAACUCUCCCGGAAAAGAAAAGAGUUCUGAAGAAUCCUUCUCACAGGACAUUUUAGAAAAGAAAGCUAUUAAAGCUAAAAGAGUCCUGUCACUUCAAAAAAUGGCUGAAACCAAAGGUUCAUUAAAAAAUAAGGAAAUUGAAGAAUUCAGAGAGAAAUGUAUAAAAAAGAAAAUGUUAAAAAGGGCAGCACUGUUUAAAGAUAUGAUUACAAAACAAGAUAUAAAAAAAGAUCAUUCAUUACAGUCUAAAAUUUCAAAUAUCUCAUUAGAAACCAAGCCAAAUGAAGAUAUUACUAAUCCGAUAAAUAAUUUUCAACAAAAUAAUAUGACUUUAAAAUUAUGCGACAUGUUUAGUGAUACUAACACUGUCAUAAGUGAAAACAAACUAUUGAAAAAAGUUCCAGAAGAAGAUAUAGAGUUCUUAAAAAAAUUGUCCCCAUCUAUCAGAAAGAAGGAAAAUAUGCUAUGUUAUUUUAAAACAGUUCCUAAAGAUCUGGAAUUACCCUCUGAAGAAAUUGAAGAUACAGAUUCAAAUGAAAAUACAACAUCAAUUAUAAAAGUAAAAUUUACACCAAAGCAGAAAAAGAAAACGAAAACACUAAAACCUUCUGACAAUGAUGUAGGUUGUAUAUAUGAUACUAAGAGUAUUCAAAAUCUCUGUGAUUCUAAAGAGUUAGAUAAUAGUGAACAAGUAAUAAAUAAUGAAAAUAGAAAACGAAAACGUGUUAAGAAAGUUAAAGAAAAAAUUCCAGAUGUUACACUGGAAAUCAAGGAUAAUAUAGAAUCAUGUAGUAAUGAAAAUAGACCAAAACGCAACAUAAAAAAACCUGUAAAAUAUACAGAGGAUGUACAUUGUUCUAGUUCUGAUGAAGAACUACACAUUUUUACACCAAAGAAAAAGAGAAAUAGUGAAAAUUGUUCAAAGACCAAAGUAAACAAUUCGAGCAUUCAAUAUGUAGACUCGAAAAAUCAGCGAAAAGAUAUUCUUUCAAAAUGUCAAUCCAAUCUUUCAAAUGAUUCUAUUGCAAAUCAAAAUCAUAAAGUUAAAUCAGAACUAAAAAAGAAUAUGAAAAGAGAUAAAGUUAAUGGAACAAGUAAAAAUGUAACUUCCAAGGCAAAAGUUGACACCAAACCAGUUAAAUUAGCACCGAUUUUUGUCCCAAAACCACAGCUUUCUCAAGAAGCUAUUGAAGCCAAACAGAGGUUUCUUCAAAGCGGAGUACCAGAAAAGUUAAAAAAGAAUAUUGUACAACAAACAAGUAAUAGUACAUGUUUGGAUAACUUUAAUCUAGUUCUUCAUGUUCAACAAAAUGAUUCUAACUAUGAUAAUUUUCAAGGAAAAGACUGGUUUGAAUUUAAAAGUAGGGAAAUAGAGGAUAUAAAUACAAUAGACAAUUGUUCAUUUAAACCAUUUAUGAUGCCGAUGUUAAGAGAAAAGUCUAGUUUGCCUACUGUACAGACUAAACCAGAAAAGAUUUUGAAAGCAAUUAAGAGUACUUAUCCCAGAUUUCCUGUUUAUCGUACAUAUCACAAGCUUCGAUGUAAGUGCAAAGGGUAUUAUAAAGAUUUCAAUUAUACUAAUCUAGAUAAUAGUAUAGAAAUAAUAGAUAGUUCUUUAGACAUAAGUAAUGAAAAUCCUGAAAAACUGAACUGGUGUGAUAAGUAUAAACCUACAUCGUCCAAUCAAAUAAUUGGUAAUUUUGAAAGUAUUAAGGAAUUAAAAAGAUGGCUUGAGACAUGGAGUGAAAAAUUAACAAAAGAGAAGACUAUUGGCAGUGAUAGUUCUGAUAUGUCUGAUUUCUGUUACUCUGAUAUGGAUAGCAGAGAUUCAAUCAAAUCUACAAAUAAUAUUCUGAUAGUAACCGGGCCAACAGGGUGUGGUAAAACUAGCAGUGUGUACGCUAUAGCUUCCGAAUUAGCUAUUAAAGUGAUAGAAGUAAAUGCAAGUAGUAAGAGAAAUGGAAAAAUAAUGCUGCAGGAUCUUCAAGAAGCUACACAAUCACACAAGGUGAACAGAGCUAAGAGUAGUACUGAAAGCUCUCAGAAAUCAUCUCAGGAAGUGCCAACAUUAUCAAAAAACAAAAAACGUGGUAGACCUAAGAGAUCACUCAAUGGUAGCAAUACAAAUAAAAAAGUUCCAACUCAAAUAAUUGAAACGUUAACUCAGGCAUCUUCGAGUCAGGAGCAUUCCAGAACAGCCAUGUCACUCAUUUUAAUAGAUGAUGCCGAUAUAGUCUUUGACCAAGAUGAUGGAUUUUGUUCAGCUAUUUCACAAUUAAUACAAUUUUCUAAAAGACCUGUCAUUUUAGUGACAUCUUGUCCAUCAUGUCCUCAUUUGCAGAAAUUCUUUCAAAAUGGAAAGAUAAUUCACUUGCAACCAUUAUUACCCAGAAUGCUGGGAACCUGGUUGGAUAUUAUGUGUUUAGCUGAUGUUGGAAAGUGCUAUAUGGGGCUUGGUGAAAAAUUAUUAGAUUUUCAUAGAGGUGACAUUAGGAAAACUAUCAAUUGUUUACAGUUUUAUAUGAACUCAUACAAGAAUAGUGACCAAUCAGAUGAAGUAUUUUCACAAGUAAAAUAUAAUAUUGACGAUGAAAACUCAAGCAUAUCUUGGACUGAUUCAGUAAGCCUAGAAGGCUCUUCAUCCAAUGAAAAUUUAUUUAAUAGCAAAAUCGAUAAACAGUUUCAGUUGUUUACGGGUAAUAGUUCAACACACAUUUUUAAUAUUUGGUGGAAUUUAGCAAAUUACUAUAAUAGUAAAACAAAUGAAAACAAUAAAGAACUGAAUUUAAAAAAUGUAGAACAGAGUAGAGAAUUAAAAAUGUUAGUAGGAAUUUUGGACACCCUAUCCAUAAUUGAUUCUUUUGAUAUCAUCAAACCUGAUAAAAGGUCUAAUCUUACAUCAAAACCAUGGCAUCGCAUCGAGAGUGCCAGUCUGCUGGAAAGUGAAGAUUUUGAUGAUUACAAUAAAGCUCACUGUAUCAACAAGGAAAUAUCGAAUGUUCUUAUGAUGAGUACUAUUUCUGAAGUUGAAAAAAAUUUUAAGACUGAAAAUGGUGUGAGUUGUCUCAUCCCAUCUAUGAGUUUAUACAGGGAAAGAGAUAGGACAGUGUCUCGUCAUCACACUUUGUCAAGCUAUUUAUUUUCUUCUACAGUAUUAGAUCGAAGAGCAGUAGCAUGUGACUAUUGGUCGACUUGCAGAACAAUAUCUAGAUUAGAAAAGAGCAAAACUGAUUACAACACUAAAAGAAACAACCGUUUCUGUCAUUAUCUAAAAUCACUGAAUAUUCUAUGUAAAAACGAUUUCUUUGAUAACCUUUCUGAGAGUCUGAAAUAAUAUUUACUUUAUAUUAUGCUGUACUUUUUGUCUGUAAUUUAGCUUGAAACCAAGUCCUCAAACUCUGCACAAAAAUAUAUUUCUAGGAAAAUAUACAUUAAAAACUUAGUCCUUUAAAACUUUUGUUAUUUAUUUUUAAUAUUAAGGAUGAAUCAUAUUUUGAAAUGAUUUUGUGUAAAAUCAUCCAGUAUCUGUAAUAUAUUUUUCAAUAAAGAUGUGACAAAUGAAUUGAA